AUGACACAGACUUCUGAAGAAGACAUUCCAGACACAUUAACAAGGCAGGCUGAUAAAAUAUUAUCACUUCGAUCGCGAAGGUCUUUACCUCCUGAGCAAAGGCAAGAAAGGCCUCGAUCUAGAAGUGUUUCAUGUGGCUCUGUACGAGCAGAAGUAAGAUCAAGGGCGUUGUCCAAGACAAGGACUGCAACAAAGUCUGAGACUGACACUGAAACUUUGCCGUGGAGUGAUUACACCACUACUGCGAUGAGAAGAGGAAGUCCAUCUUUGCGGGACUUAAAACGAGCAUCAGCCAGUGAAGCUGACUAUAUAAUUUGCGCAAGAAGUCCAAACUGUACAAUUUGCGCCUUUAAGUAUUUUGCACUCAUUUUCGCAGCUCGUAAUGCAAUAUCAGUUUGCUGUUCAUGCCACAAACAAUUAACUAGGUUGGAGUGA